GGGAGGUAGUAUGGCAUGUUGUUGAUAUUGCGAAAGGUUACUUCCUGGACUCCUACUACGGCAUAACAAAAGUUACGCCUAUGAAUGCACGCAUAUACCUUGGCUAGAAGGGUUCGUAUUUUUUUCCUAGUAAUUGGAGUAUCUCCAUGACGCGCCAGUUUUCGUAUUAGGAUGGUAGAAAACAAUGAUGAAGGUGCAGGGAUUGCCUCGAUCCAGAGACAUCUAUCAAAAGAUGUAUCCGUCAUGCUUGGACCCAGUGCAUUUGGGUGUUGAUGUCGGUGAAGGUGCAACUCCCUCCAUCGCACAUCAUUCGCAGGACUUGGUAGCGCAGUGGUGGCACCUACGACAGUUUGUCAAGAAAAUACGGACGCUACCUAAGGUGUAUGCAAUCACACCUAUGGGCGUUGGUGGAGAAAUACAACACCAAUCUCGAGUGUAAUAGAUGGUGAAUGUGAUAGAUGAUGUUGGUCUAAAAGUGAGCCACAGAAACAAAAUUUUGGAUACUAUGCUGAGCAGGCUUUAGAGUUCAAGAUACAAUAUCAUUGAACUGCUGGAAAUGAGUUUGCAGGUGAGUAUAUGCGCUGCUGAAAAUGAAGAAUAGGGAAAGUGGGACGUGGUCGCGGUUGAAAGGAGUGAAAGAGUG